AUGAUGACUCUAUUUUUCGAGAUUUUGCAAAAUCAACUGAGGAUAUAGUCUCGAAAAUCAAUGAAGCCGAUCUCCCAGAUCCAGCUUUUAAAAAUACAGGUGUUAUAAUUGCCACUAAGCUUCGAAAAUUUGGGGAAAGUGUUAUGGAAGCAGGAAAUGAUCUACAAAUAAUGUAUCGCAAGGGUUCUUAUGUCUUUGAAACUUUUAAAAUUGAAAUAAAAACCAUGAUGGAUAGACUUGAUAUUCAAGAACCUAAUAAAGGCGAAUUCUUUAAAGAAAGAAUUAAUAAAAUGAUUUUAGUGAUUCAAGAUUUUAGUAAUAAAGUCAAGAAAGCAAAAGAUUCUAUUUUAGAUGCAGAGAAUAACCGAGAUGGCCUUGAGAAGGAACUUAUUAGUGGAAUUAGAGAAGCUGAAAAGUUUAUGGAAGCAACAGGAUACUGGAAACCUGAUUCAGUUGAUUUGAGAAAAGCUGAAGAUGGAUUAGCUACAGUCAAUAACAUUUUACUCCAUCUUAGAGGAGCUGCUUAUCGAUUAGAUGAGAUAAUUAAAAACUUGAGAAGAUAUGAAAAUAGUUUAUUUGAUGUAAAUGCAGAAUUGGGAAGCAUUUUUAUUAUUACUAAACUUGAUUUUAAUUAUUUGUUAAAUUCUAUUGAUGUUUUGCAUCGUUAUCAUCGCCAAUUUAUGGCAAAAGAAAAUAAUUAA